AUGAAGGAGCUCGAGCGCGUAGAGAGCGCUAUGGAAGACUACAAGAAGUGGAGUGCGAACGCCUUUCGCGCAGAGUGUAGAAUGCUCAGGACAGCGCCCGCCUCAUCGAACAAAUCGUCAUUUCUGGCUGCCCUCCGUGCCAGUCUGCUUGUGACGGAAGGUGUUACGGCUAGUGGAGUCAUGCAGAGCCCUUUCCAUCGGUCCAAGCUUGAGCGGAAAACGCGGCGCUUACAGCGUCUAGGGUGCGCCAUUACCAGUAAACACGAUGGGUUGCCGUUGGCUAUGAACAGCUUGCAAACGGCAGACGAGGAAGCCGAAUUGAUAUAG